AUGCACCAAGAAGGACCGGUCAGCCAACAUGCACAUGUUGCUGAUGAAAGCCACAAUGACAAGAUAAAGCAGUGCAUUGAUGAACUAGAUCUGACCGAAGAGGAUUUUUUGAAGACCCCACUCUUCGCAUCAUGCAGUCCUAGCUUUGUCUCCGAAAUGGUUCUGGUUGCGCAGACAGAAGCAUACCAGCCUGGUGAGAAGUUAUGGCUCCAGGGCGAAGAGUGCCGGAAGCUCUACAUCCUGAAGUCGGGAGAGGUGGAGCUAGUACAAGAAGAUGGCACUGCGAUGCACAAGUGGAACGCUGGUGCCAUCUUGGGCCUUUGCAUCUUGCUGAACGUCCAUCACCGAAUGCGUUCAGCGCAAGCCUCGGCCGCGUGCGAGUGUUUGACCUUGCCAUCAUCCUCGUUCCAUGCGAUCUUGAAGCAGCAUCCGGCGGAAAAGAAACACUUCAUCGAGGCCGCACAGAGAGAAGCCCGGAGCAUCCUGGGAGAUCGCCAGUUUGAUUGCUUGGUAUCCCCAACGCCACCUACCACGGUGCGCAGGAAGUCCUUCCAGAGGAGCUCUCCUGGCGACAAAUCACCAAAGAAAUCAAAAGCGUUGUCGAAGCUUCCAACGAUUGAGCCGGCUAUGAAGCAAGUGGCUUCGACAAAGUUAUCACCAUCAAACCUGGCGACGAAUCCCAAGCUUCGGCGACCUUCGUGGUCAAAGAGGUGUGCCGGGGUGCUUGCCGAUGAGGACAGUGGCUCUGACACGGAGUUGAAUAUGGUAAGCGCGCAAUUUUCAGACCGUCAAGUCAGUACUCAGAGUGCGCCAGACAACAUGCAUUGGGCUCGCAGCUCAACCGCACCUUUGUUUCCGAUUAUGUUGACGCCGGAUGCUGGUGGGAGUGGUACAUGCAGUAUGCACUUGUCUCCUCGACCGCCGGCUUCACCACGAUUAUCCUUUGAUCAUUCGCCGAGUCCAUCAGCAGCCAGCAAGUCAACAUGCCCAGACUGCGCGGAUGAGAUGAGCCCAGCUUCCCGCAAGGCUGCGUAUUGGUGCGAUGUGAUUAAAGAUUGGUUUGGUUGCCUGGACACAGAUGACAGCGGCCGGAUUGACAGGGAUGAGUUCAAGAGCAUUGCUCAAAAUCUCUCCGCUGCAUUUGCUUGGGAUGAUCAUCAGUCAGCACUGUUGCUCCAGGAGAUCGAUAAAAACAGCGAUGAGCAAGUGGAUUUGCCUGAGUUUGCAGACUGGCUCACCAACGUACACGCCACCAUGACUUUCAGUCCUGAUGGAUGGCUCCAAACCUAUGAUCUGGGAGACACCCUGCAGCCACUUUACGAGUGCUAUGAUCCGGACCACAGCGGCAUCUCCAAGGACCAGUUUGUCCGCACCUAUCGCAUCAUCGCGAAUGCCUUGAAGCACACCCCUGUGGCUUUGCAGAAGAAAGCAGAUGUAUGGGUGCGUGCUGCAGAGGAAGAGUACGAGAACUUAAACGACGGCGGAAAGGACAUACUCAUUGAAAUCGAUGAUUUCAUCCAAUGGCAGGCCCAACUGCUCAAGCAUUCCGGAAUACCCAAUUCACUGAUGCCCGAGAAAGUGGCUGGCCUUGCCCAAGCCUUGAAGGUCAUCAAUGACUUGGACAAGAAGUCGACGCUGGCAGAUGCAGAUGAAGCUGCUCUGAGCAAAUCAAUUCAGAAAGUUGCCACUCUUGCCAGAGAGCUCUAUUUGCCAUGCAGCCAACAGCUGCGCAAGCUCUUAGAGGCAAACAACCAGGAAAGAAAGGAGACGCAAGGCUGCGAUGAAAAUUACAAGUGGGAGAAUCCGCCAGACGGCGCAGUCAAUCGGCUUCGUCGGGACUGUGCCAUCAACAUGGGGGUUCUCCUGCCUGGUGUCUUACCACACAAGCACGGAGAGACUUCAAAGAGCGACGUUUGGAGAUUCGCCCGUCGAAACUCGCACAUGCGCAACCGUAUGAACACGCCUGUGCUUGGCGAGCUGCUGCUGUGCUUUCAUUCAUGCGCUGGCAGCACGGGUGAGGCCAAUCGUUUUUUCGCUUGGUUGGAGGCUCCACGCAAAAGCGAGCGCGAUCGGAACAUGUACUACGAACUGGUCCCACGCGACGAUGGCUGUGGCAACGACUUGGAGCCUGAAUGGCAACGACUUCCGGACGGAACUGCCUUUCAUGCAGAGCUCGAGCGCGUUCCCAAGGAGCAGGUUCUACUGGCAUUGCUGAAAACCCAGGAACUGGCCCAUGACGAGCUCCAGUGGACGCAGGUGCAGCGAAGCUUCGGCUUAGCAGAACGCUUGGAGCUCGUGAAGCGACAAGAUGUGGAGCAGGUCAGCAAAGUGAUCCAUACGUUCGCACGCCAGUACGUCAUGCAGCAGCCAUGGCACCGUGAACAGCUGGAGAUGGGUCUGACGGUCAGCGACAUCGUCAAUGAGCACUUGCAGGACGCUGCCUUUAGCCCAGAAGAAGUGCUCCGCUUGCUCAUGGACCAGGAGAAAAUUGCGGAUGCACAGCCCGAGCCAAAAAACAAGCUCGUGGCAACUCUAUCCAAAAUGUUCUCGAAAAAUUUUGAAGCUUGA